UUUUCCUCUGGCUCCUACGAGGACUUGGUUUAGGGCUUCAGCCGUCUGCGUUCUCGGCUCCGGGAGGCCACGGUGAUUCAGCCACAGCCUCUGCCUCCCGUUGCUCUGUGACCUGAGGGUAUUGGACGAUUUGUAGCUAAGACUCCCGGAUACCCUGAAGUCGGGAAAUGGAACUCUUAACAUUCAGGGAUGUGGCCAUAGAAUUCUCCCCUGAAGAGUGGAAAUGUCUGGACCCUGCCCAGCAGAAUUUGUAUAGAGAUGUGAUGUUGGAGAACUACAGGAACCUGGUCUCCCUGGGUUUUGUGAUCUCUAACCCAGACCUGGUCACCUGUCUGGAGCAAAUAAAAGAGCCCUGCAAUUUGAAGAUACAUGAGACAGCAGCCAAACCCCCAGAGUUUUGCUCGUUGCCCAAGCUGGAGUGCAGUGGUGCGAUCUCAGCUUACCGCAGCCUCCUGCCUCAGCCUCCUGAGUAGCUGGGAUUACAGGAAUGCACCACCAUGCCCGGCUAAUUUUGUAUUUUCAGUAGAGACAUGGUUUCUCCAAGUUGGUCAGGCUGGUCUUGAACUCCUGACCUCAGCUAUAUGUUCUCCUUUCAGCCAAGACCUUUCACCAGUGCAGGGGAUAGAAGAUUCAUUCCACAAACUUAUACUGAGAAGAUACGAAAAAUGUGGACAUGAGAAUUUACAAUUAAGAAAAGGCUGUAAACGUGUGAAUGAGUGUAAGGUGCAGAAAGGAGUUAAUAAUGGAGUUUACCAAUGCUUGUCAACUACCCAGAGCAAAAUAUUUCAGUGUAAUACAUGUGUUAAAGUUUUUAGUAAAUUUUCAAAUUCAAACAAACAUAAGAUAAGACAUACUGGAGAGAAACCCUUUAAAUGUACAGAAUGUGGCAGAUCGUUUUACAUGUCACACCUAACUCAACAUACAGGAAUUCAUGCUGGAGAGAAGCCCUACAAAUGUGAAAAAUGUGGCAAAGCCUUUAAUAGGUCCACAUCACUUAGUAAACGUAAGAGAAUUCAUACUGGAGAGAAACCCUACACAUGUGAAGAAUGUGGCAAAGCCUUUAGACGGUCCACAGUUCUGAACGAACAUAAGAAAAUUCAUACUGGAGAGAAACCCUACAAAUGUGAAGAAUGUGGCAAAGCCUUUACAAGGUCCACAACACUGAAUGAACACAAGAAAAUUCAUACUGGAGAGAAACCCUACAAAUGUAAAGAAUGUGGCAAAGCCUUUAGAUGGUCCACAAGCCUGAAUGAACAUAAGAAUAUUCAUACUGGAGAGAAACCCUACAAAUGUAAAGAAUGUGGCAAAGCCUUUAGACAGUCCAGGAGCCUGAAUGAACAUAAAAAUAUUCAUACUGGCGAAAAACCCUACACAUGUGAAAAAUGUGGCAAAGCUUUUAACCAAUCCUCAAGUCUUAUUAUACACAGGAGCAUUCAUUCUGAACAAAAACUUUACAAAUGUGAAGAAUGUGGCAAAGCCUUUACUUGGUCCUCAUCCCUUAAUAAACAUAAGAGAAUUCAUACUGGAGAGAAACCUUACACAUGUGAAGAAUGUGGCAAAGCCUUUUAUAGGUCCUCACACCUUGCUAAACAUAAGAGAAUUCAUACUGGAGAGAAACCCUACACGUGCGAAGAAUGUGGCAAAGCUUUUAACCAAUCCUCAACUCUUAUAUUACACAAGAGAAUCCAUUCUGGGCAAAAACCUUACAAAUGUGAAGAGUGUGGCAAAGCCUUUACACGGUCCACAACACUGAAUGAACAUAAGAAAAUUCAUACUGGCGAGAAACCCUACAAAUGUGAAGAAUGUGGCAAAGCUUUCAUAUGGUCUGCAAGCCUGAAUGAACAUAAGAAUAUUCAUACUGGAGAGAAACCCUACAAAUGUAAAGAAUGUGGCAAAGCUUUUAACCAAUCCUCAGGCCUUAUUAUACACAGGAGCAUUCAUUCUGAACAAAAACUUUACAAAUGUGAAGAAUGUGGCAAAGCCUUUACUCGGUCCACAGCCCUGAAUGAACAUAAGAAAAUUCAUUCUGGAGAGAAACCCUACAAAUGCAAAGAAUGUGGCAAAGCCUACAACUUAUCCUCAACCCUUACUAAACAUAAGAGAAUUCAUACUGGAGAGAAACCCUUCACAUGUGAAGAAUGUGGCAAAGCCUUCAAUUGGUCCUCAUCCCUUACUAAACAUAAGAUAAUUCAUACUGGAGAGAAAUCCUACAAAUGUGAAGAAUGUGGCAAAGCUUUUAAUCGGCCCUCAACCCUUACUGUACACAAGCGAAUUCAUACUGGCAAGGAACAUAGUUGAAUGACAUUUCUAGUAAUCCCUAAUUCCAGUGUCUUUAAACAGCAAAUAAAUUGGAGAAUAUUGCUCCCAUAUAAACUUUAUUAUUUUUCUUAUUUUAAAUUUUUUAAAAUUUCUGUAGGUACAUAGUAUGUGUAUCUAUUCAUGGCUUAUUUGGAUUGUUUUGAUACAGGCAUAUGACAUGUAAUUAUCACAUCAGAGUAAAUGAGUUAUUCUUCACAA